AUGACCCUCCGCGCGUCUCGAAGAUGUCUUGACAUCGCUGGCCGCGCCGCUGGCGGCCCUAGUGCUCUUUCUCGGACGUGGUCUUCUGCUCUCGUUCUCCAGCAUCGCUGCUAUGCUGCGGUGACACCUCCGCAGGCCGCUAAAGACUCCACAGCAGCGGAGCGGUCGAUCGAGGACGAGCUGCAUAACCUCGAGAUGCUGCAAAAGAUGGUGGAGAGGAAUGAGGUGGACAUAUCUUCUGCCCCUCUGGAACUUCUAGACUUGCAUGUGCCUUCCUGGCGCUCACACAAGGAGGGAGCUACCAUCUUUGACCAUUUCCGGGCGGUCCUACAAACUCAGCGAAAUUGGCUUUUCAAUGCUCGGGCCUUGUACCGGAUGGCAAAAGUGAAGUCAAUACCCGGCGUGAACGUCAAGUCCCCUUGGUCGUGGCAGCUGUUCUCCACCCAAUCCACGAAGCCCACGGCAUGGCUGGCGCCUUUCCGUAAGGCCGCUUUCGAGGUCUACAAGAAGGUCAACGAGGCGGUUGCAGCACGUGACGAACGGUCAAUCAAGGUCUUGACUGGCGGCGACCAGCAAGGCGUAUACAUGAAGUUAAUCCGUAGCCAAGACCCCCGCUUCAUCAACGUGUGGAAGUUCCACGGAGAGCGAACACCGACCCGGGUCGUGAGUAUUCGCGCGCUCGACGCGUACUACGGAAUCAAGGCGCCGCGCAUGGGCAGUCGUCUUGCCGUGCAGGCCGUUGUUCGCUUCGACACGUUGCAGAGUGUGGAGACAUACUCCAAGAAAACGGGUGCACGUAUCGGCGAGACCGAGCCCAAGGCGGUCGUGGAGUACCUUGUGUUCCAGAAGCGCAUGUGGUUCCACUCACCGUGGGUUAUUCGUGAUCGCCUCUACGAAGGCUUAGAGUCCAGAUUUGCGAUACCUUCAUAAUAAUACUAAUACCGCG